AGUAAACAGAAAUAAAUUUGUAAUUUUAUCAGUUGCUUAGUAUUUCAGUCCUGCUGUGGUGGAAUUUAGUAAUCGCAAAUUGGUAUUAAAAAUGCGUAUGGCAAUAAAAAAAAAUGAAUUGAUAAAGGAACUUGAAGAAAUGGAAAGCGCUGUUGAGGAAGAAUGAUUAUAGUAGCGUUGCCCAAUACAGGAAUGACAGCUACCUAAUUUCUUUGGUUGACUUGUUUUGAACCCUGCUCCCAGGUUCAGAAGCCACUUAGUACAUACCUUUAAUAAUCGUAAACAUAGGGCUGAAGAUAGUUUUCAGCUUCUUCGAAAUGUCUGUUGGUAAAACAAGAAAACUUUUGGAUGUAGCUCGCUUUAGCAGGAGUCCGUUAUGUCACUUUCAACACAGAUCAGUUUAUACGCAUUCGCAGCUCCCAGAAACACACAAAAUGCUUUAUAAAUCUGUCCGCGACUUCUCUGAAGCCGAGCUGAAACCAUUGGCUUCAAAGUUCGAUCGUGAGCAUUUGUACCCGGGUGAUCAGAUAAAGAAGAUGGGGGAGUUAGGCCUUAUGGCUGUAGAGGUUCCAGAGGAUUUAGGAGGAACUGGUUUAGACUAUCUUGCGUAUGCCAUUGCCACAGAAGAAAUAUCAAGGGGUUGUGCUUCUGCAGGAGUAAUAAUGAGUGUCAACAAUUCUCUGUACCUUGGACCUAUUCUCAAAUUUGGUACACAGAAGCAGAAAGAAAAAUUUAUUACCCCAUUCACUACAGGUCAGCGUGUGGGCUGCUUCGCUUUGAGUGAACCAGGAAAUGGCAGUGAUGCUGGUGCAGCAUCUACUACAGCUCGUAAACAAGACAAAGGAUAUAUUCUCAAUGGUACAAAGGCAUGGAUUACCAACGGUUAUGAAUCUGAAGCCACUGUUGUUUUCGCAACAACAGAUAAAAACAAGAAGCAUCGUGGAAUUAGUGCCUUCCUUGUUAGUAAACCAACGAAAGGUCUGGAACUGGGAAAAAAGGAAGAUAAACUAGGUAUAAGAGGCUCUUCAACAUGCAGUUUGAUAUUUGAAGACUGUUCUGUGCCAGAAGAAAAUGUUUUAGGAGAGCUUGGGAUGGGUUUCAAAAUUGCAAUGAUGACACUGGAUGCUGGUCGGAUUGGAAUUGCUUCACAGGCUCUUGGCAUUGCUCAGGCAUCACUUGACUGUGCAGUUGAUUAUGCAAGCAAACGUAUUGCAUUUGGCUCUCCUAUAUUGAAACUACAAGCUAUACAGGCAAAGAUAGCUGACAUGGCUCUGAAGGUAGAGUCAGCAAGACUUCUGACCUGGCGGGCAGCACAUUUAAAAGAUACAAAGCAACCAUUUACGAAGGAAGCAGCAAUGGCAAAACUGGCUGCAUCAGAAGCUGCUACAUUCUGCUCUCAUCAGGCAAUACAGGUUCUUGGAGGAAUGGGCUAUGUGAGUGACAUGCCAGCAGAGAGGCAUUAUCGAGAUGCACGCAUUACUGAGAUAUAUGAAGGAACGUCUGAAAUUCAAAGACUUGUGAUUGCUUCCAAUAUUGCAAAGGAAUAUGGACUGUAAGCAUGGGGCUUUGGUUUAACAUUAACGAUAAUUGGGUUGCUGAUGUCCUCUUAAUCUUGUAAACAAGAUUAAGGAAAAGUACAGAUGGAACGUAGACGUAAUACACAGAGGCAGCUUGUGUGAACCUGUGGAGUUCUACCCGACGGGAGGCCCUAGCCACACGGCAUUUCAUUUUUCUCAUUGUUUGCACGAAAGGAAAGUGACAGCUGUUUUUCCUCUUAACAUUUGUUGUACUUUAUUAUUUGCUAAUUCAGCUGCAAAAUGUAUGUGGAUGUCCAUUUGUCAACAGUCACAUGUGUAAAGAAUUGUCACAGUUGCUCUCUAGAAAAAUUACCAUAAUUAUUCUGAGACUGCACUACACACCCUUGUUAAGUAACUACUUCAUUAGUCUCAUGUCUCAAUAUUAAAUCAAAAUGUUCAUGCCUAGAGUGUUGUUUCGCUGCAGUAUUUGUGAGAAGUGACUUUUUUUUUUACCCUUGAGUACUUUAUAUGCACUGUAUGGCUGGAGUAUUUUAAUAAUGUUAUAUUGACUGAGGUCUCUUACAUCAUUAUAGGAAAAUGUUUACUGUACAGUGCACAAUUUUAAUAAUGAAUGUUUACAAUAUUUGAAUAGUAACAUUUAUUUUAUUUAUUGCAUAUUCUUUUAUAAAAGAGGCAAAUAAGAGUGCUGUAUAUUAUAUAUUUUGAUAUAAACAUUUUGUAUAAGAAUUUGUACGUGUAAUAUUUUAUCAUUGUGAGAAAUACAAAUAAUCCUGUACAUAUGUUUUCUGAUUUUAGAUCUGAGAAUCAAUAUCACAUGCCUGUUUUCCAAGCAAUAUUCCAAAUAAAUUUUGAUUUAUUUUGAAAUUUA